AUGCAGAUUUUUGUAAAGACAUUAACUGGAAAGACCAUAACGCUAGACGUGGAGUCAUCUGACACUGUUGAGAAUGUGAAGACGAAGAUCCAAGAUAAGGAGGGAAUUCCGCCAGAUCAGCAGCGCCUGAUUUUUGCAGGAAAGCAGCUUGAGGACGGAAGGACGCUGUCUGAUUAUAGUAUUCAGAAGGAGUCGACAUUGCAUCUUGUGCUGAGACUGAGAGGAGGAGCAAAGAAGAAGAAGACGUAUUUGACACCGAAGAAGCAGAAUCUGAGGAAGAAGAAACCGGCACUGUCAUGGCUGAGCAACUUCAGUGUUUCUGGAGACAAGGUGAAGGUUUGCGGAAUGCAAUGUGCACAGUGUGGGGUUGAGGUAUUUUGCAGACGGGUUGAAGGCGGAUAUGAGUGUGGGAAGUGUUAUGCUCGAUAUGAGAAGAGCGUUGCCAGCGAUUAA